AAAUCUUAUUUUGGAUUAUACUUGAAAGAAAACCGAAAACUAUAUAGGUAUUAAACUUUACAUUUAAAAAUUAUAUCUGCAUAAAUAUACAUACAUAUAUAUAUAUAUAUAUAUUGGAAAUAUUAAAAAAUUAAAAGUGGUUAAUCAUCGUAUUUAACAAGGAUUAAAUAACUUUUCUAAUUUUAAUCUACAUACGCAUACAUACAAGUUAAAUAAUUUUUAUUCUCUUGUUCAAUUUAAAAGAAAUAUUUUAAAAAGGCCUAGGGCCUCUCGCCGUCAUGUCGUCUGUUAAAGUGGCGGUCCGAGUGCGACCCUUUAACAGUCGAGAAAUAUCUCGAGAAUCAAAAUGCAUUAUUGAAAUGAGCGGUGGUACAACAACAGCAAUUACAAAUCCAAAAGUACCUCCAAAUUCAAAUGAAGCUGUUAAACGAUUUAAUUUUGAUUACUCCUAUUGGUCACAUGAUCCUCGAGAUUCAGAAUUUUCAACUCAGGCAAUGGUUUAUCGUGAUAUUGGUGAAGAAAUGCUUCAGCAUUCUUUUGAUGGUUAUAAUGUUUGUAUAUUUGCGUAUGGUCAGACAGGUGCUGGUAAAUCCUAUACUAUGAUGGGAAAACAAGAAGAGGGUCAGGAAGGGAUUAUUCCUAUGAUAUGUAAAGAUUUAUUUGGUCGAAUACAUGAUACAGAAAGCGAAGAAUUAAAAUAUUCGGUUGAAGUUUCAUAUAUGGAAAUUUAUUGUGAAAGAGUUCGUGAUUUAUUAAAUCCUAAAAAUAAAGGAAAUUUAAGAGUACGAGAACAUCCAUGUUUGGGACCAUACGUUGAAGAUUUGUCAAAAUUAGCUGUAACAUCUUACGAAGAUAUUCAUGAUUUAAUUGACGAAGGAAAUAAAGCUAGAACUGUAGCUGCAACAAACAUGAAUGAAACAAGUUCACGUUCUCAUGCUGUAUUUACAAUAUUUUUUACACAACGUCGGCAUGAUAAAAUGACAGAUUUGUGUGCUGAAAAAGUUUCAAAAAUAAGUUUAGUUGAUUUAGCGGGCUCUGAAAGAGCCGAUUCAACUGGUGCUAAAGGUACAAGAUUAAAAGAAGGCGCUAAUAUCAAUAAAUCUUUAACAACAUUGGGAAAAGUUAUAUCUGCACUUGCUGAAAUUGCUUCAAAAUCUAAAAAAUCAAAAAAAACUGAUUUUAUUCCAUAUCGUGAUUCGGUCUUAACAUGGUUACUUAGAGAAAAUCUUGGUGGUAAUUCAAAAACUGCUAUGAUUGCAGCAAUAUCUCCAGCUGAUAUUAAUUAUGAUGAAACUUUAAGCACUUUAAGAUAUGCUGAUCGUGCUAAACAAAUUGUUUGUAAAGCUAUUGUUAAUGAAGAUGCAAAUGCUAAACUUAUUCGUGAAUUGAAAGAAGAAAUUCAAAAACUGCGAGAACUUUUACGAGCUGAAGGCAUUGAAAUCCAGGAAGAAGAUGAAGAAAAUAAUGCAAUUAACAAAGGAAAUGGUCAAAAAAUUACAUCACCAACAAAAAGCCGGAAUCGCAAUGGCUCAACAACGGAAAUGGCAGUAGAUCAACUACAAGCCAGCGAAAAAUUAAUAGCAGAAUUAAAUGAAACUUGGGAAGAAAAGUUAAAACGCACUGAAGAAAUUCGGCUACAACGUGAAGCGGUAUUUGCUGAAAUGGGUGUUGCUGUUAAAGAGGAUGGUAUCACUGUAGGAGUAUUUUCCCCAAAAAAAACGCCACAUUUGGUUAAUUUAAAUGAAGAUCCGAAUCUAUCAGAAUGCCUACUUUAUUAUAUUAAAGACGGAUUAACACGUUUGGGAACCCAUGAAGCAAAUGUUCCACAAGAUAUUCAAUUAUCUGGCUCACACAUAUUAAAAGAACACUGUACAUUUGAAAAUCGUAAUAAUGUUGUAACAUUAAUACCACACAAAGAUGCUCUGGUAUAUUUGAAUGGUAGAAAACUUACAGAACCGGAAGUUUUGAUGACUGGAUCUCGUGUUAUUUUGGGGAAAAAUCAUGUAUUUCGUUUUCAACAUCCAGAACAAGCACGAGAAAUACGUGACAAAAUGACAAAUGAGAAUGCUGAGGAUCUUGAGGUAUCUGAAACCCCUGACUGGAAUUUCGCUAAAUGUGAGUUAUUAGAAAAGCAAGGUAUCGAUUUAAAAGCCGAAAUGCAAAAACGGUUAGACGCUCUCGAAGAGCAAUUUAAGAGAGAAAAAUUGCAAGCCGAUCAAGAAUUUGAAGAACAAAGAAAGUCGUAUGAAGCUCGUAUUGAUGCUCUUCAAAAGCAAGUUGAAGAACAAUCAAUGACAAUGUCGAUGUAUAGUAGUUAUAGUCCUGAAGAUUUUCAUCAGGAAGAAGACAUUUUUGUUAAUCCACUAUUUGAAUCAUGUUGGACUGCUCGUGAAACUGGACUUGCUGCUUGGGCAUUUAGAAAAUGGAGAUACCAUCAAUUUACAUCACUACGAGAUGAUUUGUGGGGUAAUGCUAUAUUCUUAAAAGAAGCUAAUGCAAUUUCAGUUGAAUUAAAGAAAAAGGUUCAGUUCCAAUUUACUUUGCUAACUGAUACAUUAUACUCUCCGCUUCCACCAGAACUAGCUCCAAUUGCUAUUCCAAAUGAAGAUGUAUUUGGUGUAGCCCCAAUUUCGAAAACUAUUGUAGCAGUUGAAGUAACAGAUACUAAAAAUGGAGCUACACAUUAUUGGACAUUAGAGAAGCUUCGUUAUCGGCUUGAAUUAAUGCGAUCAAUAUACAAUGUUGAAAGUCCACCAUCAACAUCAGAUAUGGAUUUGCCAAAUUGUUGUUGUACCUCUUCUUCUUGUUCGUCAUCUAAUGGUAUCAUGAUGAUUAAUUCGACAGCUUUGGGCGAAAAUAAUAUUAUUGAAUCAUCAUCGCAUUCACCAUCAAAAGUAAAAAAUGUUAAAAUCAAUUUGAAUAGCACACAAUCUUCUGAUGGAACUUUUGUAAAUAAUAAAGUUGGUCUAAAACAACCAGAAUUAUUGCAAUGUAUUGCAGCGUGCGCUAAUGCAUCUAGACUUACUUUAUCCAAUCUUUUACCUUCUAGACAACGCCUUGAACUAAUGCGUGAAAUGUAUCAUAAUGAAGCAGAAUUAAGUCCCACUUCUCCAGAUUAUAAUGUUGAAAGUUUAACAGGUGGUGACCCAUUUUAUGAUAGAUUUCCUUGGUUUAGAAUGGUUGGUAGAUCAUUUAUAUAUCUCAGUAAUUUAUUGUAUCCGGUUCCGUUAGUUCAUAAAGUUGCUAUUGUAAAUGAACGGGGGGAUGUUCGAGGAUAUCUUAGAAUUGCAGUUCAACCAGUUAUGGAUGAAGAAACUCUUGAUAUCAAUAAUGGUGUCAAACAAUCUGCUAGAUUAUUAUUUGAUGAAGAAACCAAACCAAAAUAUAGAUCACUUGUUGGUAGUGAGAAGGAAGAGCGGUUCAUUGAAGGGAAGUGUGAAGAACUCGAAGAUGCAGAUUCGGGACGUGGCGAUUCAAGUGUUGCAUCUGAAUGCCAGGAAACAAAUGAAGAACUUGGUGAGCAUUUGCAAAUCGGGAAAGACUUUACAUUUCGAGUUACCGUACUGCAAGCAACUGGAAUUGGAGCUGAAUAUGCAGACAUAUUUUGUCAAUUUAACUUCUUACACAGGCAUGAAGAAGCAUUUUCAACAGAACCAGUCAAAAAUUCUGGAUCUGGCGCACCACUUGGAUUUUAUCAUGUUCAAAAUAUUACUGUUCCAGUAACAAAAUCUUUCAUUGAUUACUUAAAAAGUCAACCAAUAAUGUUUAAAAUAUUCGGUCAUUAUCAAAAUCAUCCUUUGCACAAAGAUGCUAAACAGGAAUUUAUUUCACGGCCUCCACCAAGGCGCAUGUUGCCACCAAGUAUACCAAUAAGUCAACCAGUACGAAGCCCUAAAUUUGGUCCAUUACCAAGUGCUCCAUCAUCUACAGUAUUAGCCAAGCAUGACGUAUUAGUAUGGUUUGAAAUUUGUGAACUUGCACCAAAUGGAGAGUACGUUCCAGCUGUUGUUGAACACAGUGAUGAUUUACCGUGCCGAGGACUAUUUUUAUUACACCAGGGUAUUCAAAGACGCAUUCGUAUUACAAUUGUACAUGAGCCAACAUCUGAAGUUAAAUGGAAAGAUAUACGAGAGCUAGUAGUUGGAAGAAUUCGCAUUAAUCCAGAAUCAUCAGAUGAUGUUGAUGAUGAUUCCUGUGUACUCUCCUUAGGUUUAUUCCCCGGCGAAGUCUUAGAUGUACCCGGAGAUGACCGAUCAUUUUAUCGUUUUGAGGCCGCGUGGGACUCAAGUUUGCAUAAUUCAACUCUACUAAAUCGUGUAACUGGCGCUGGGGAAACCAUUUAUAUUACUUUAAGUGCAUAUUUAGAGCUUGAAAACUGUGCAAGACCAGCUAUUAUUACAAAAGACUUAAGUAUGGUGAUAUAUGGCCGUGACGCUCGAACUGGGCCAAGAUCAUUAAAACAUUUAUUCUCUGGACAGUACAGGAAUCCUGAAGCCAAUCGAUUAUCGGGUGUAUAUGAACUAUCUUUACGGAGAGCAUCCGAAGCAGGUAGUCCAGGCGUACAAAGAAGACAACGGAGAGUUCUAGAUACAAGUUCAACUUAUGUCAGAGGGGAAGAGAACUUGCAUGGAUGGAGGCCUAGGGGAGAUUCUCUUAUAUUUGACCAUCAGUGGGAAUUGGAAAAAUUAACACGUUUAGAAGAAGUUGGAAGAGUGAAACACAUACUAUUAUUGCGAGAGCGUCUCGGAAUGGAUACAAAUCCAAACCCAACUACAAAAACUGAAAAAGAUGUUUGUAACUUGGCUGCUAGAGCUGGUACUUCGCCAGCACAUAUGGUAAUUCCACCCUCUCCCCAGACACCAAUUAAGGAGCCUCAGUCGAUAUUACCAGAACGUGAAUAUACACAAAAGGAACAAGAAUUAAUGUUGAAAUGCGUCAAACUAAUACAAGGAAAGUGGAAUAGCAAAGAUGAACAAACACCACAGCAAAAUGCUGACACAACGUCAAUAAUAACUCAAAGUGAUGCAUCACCUGCUGAUGAAGGAUGUGCUGAUAUGACUGCAAGUUGUUUAUCUGGAAAUUCAGUAGAACUGUGUUCACCAGAAAGAGUUGACGCUCCAAAUGGCUGGGAAGCACCAGCACCAGCUACGCAACCAUCGCUUCCUUUAAGAUUAUAUGUACCCGAACUGGAAGAAAUACGUGUUAGUCCAGUUGUGGCCCGAAAAGGUUAUUUAAAUGUUUUAGAACAUGGAGGAUCUGGAUGGAAAAAACGAUGGGUGACUGUUCGUCGUCCAUAUGUUUUUAUAUUCCGAUCGGAAAAAGAUCCCGUUGAGAGAGCGGUCCUUAACUUAGCAACCGCCCAAGUUGAAUGUAGUGAAGAUCAAGCUGCUAUGGUUAAAAUUCCAAAUACGUUUAGUGUUGUAACAAAACAUCGCGGUUAUUUACUACAGACAUUAGGAGAUAAGGAAGUACAUGAUUGGCUUUAUGCUAUAAAUCCACUUUUAGCAGGACAAAUUAGAUCAAGACUAGCCCGACGUAAUGUGGAAAAUGCUACAACACAACAAACAACACAGGCUACACAAAAUUCGAAUAAAUGAGAUACGAUUACAAUGGAAUCGGUAUUGGUAUACUAAAUUUUGUAUUAAAUUAAAAUGUUCUUAAAUUUGAAUAUUUUACUUUAAAUUUAAAAACUUUAGAAAAUUAUAUGUAGAUAUGUAUUUAAUUUUGAUAUUGAUUUUUUUUUUAAUUAUUACAAAAUAUAUUUGUUAUUGUUUUGUUUUCAAAAGGAGCACAUUAUAACCAUUUAAGUGUAAAUAGUUAAUUAUAGUAAUAUGAAAAUUUAUAUUUAAAUAAUUAUUUAAAAUUUUUAAUAAAUCAUAUUUACUACUGUUUCAUUACCUAUUAAAUUAAAAAUUUCUUAACUAUCUGUUGCGGUUUAUUUCAUUCAAAUUUUUGAACAUUUUUUAUGCCAAUACUAAUUCCAUUAUUUAGAAAGAAAUACAUGAAAUGUACUGAUCAUGAAAUAUUGAAGAAUAAAGCAAAAUGUUUUAAGUAACAGAUAAACGACAAUUUAAUAAAAAUCAUAAAUUAAACAAAAAUAUACAAAAAAUUAAAGUCUAAAAAAAUUUAAAAACAAUUUAAUGUGUAAUUUAAAAAAUAUUAUUAUAAGUAAAUUGAAGAAUAGUAAUUAUAUUAAUGACUUAAUUGAGUAAAAAAUAUUUAUUGUAUAUUUAUAUUAAAAUUAUGAAUUUAUUUUCAACAAAAUCAAAAUGAAAAAAAAAACUAAAUUGAGAAAAAACGAUAUAAAUGGAUUAAAUUUCGUUUUUUCUUUUUCAUUAAAAUAAUAUGUCUCGCGGAUGAACUGACUGAUGUACAUAAUAAAUUCAUUUUUAUAAUAUUUUGGCUUUUAGGAAAAAAAAACAUGAACAUUACAAAAUUUCUGAAAACUUACAGUAAAAUUAUUUCUAAUUUAUUUUAAAAUAUUUCGUAAUGAAACCCAGUUUUCAUCACUUUGUAUUUUUUAUAUUCAAAUUGAUAACACUAAUAUAUGGUAGACGUUUCCCACACUUCAGUUCAUCCCGGGGAACUUUUAUGAUCCAGAGUAAUGAACAUAAAACUCAUUUAUAAUUAUGCCUUACGUUAUUAUAUAAAAAAAAUUAAUAAUAUGUUUUCUAUUCUUCACAAUAUUGUAAUUGUAUUUUGUUACUCUUGAUCAAUUCGAUAAAUAAUUUUUAUUACAAUUGUACAUUCCAGAAACAAAACGAAAUUUAAAUAUUUAUAAAAAGUGCAAGAUAAAAUCUAUGUGUAAAAUAAAAAACAAGGAAUUUUUAAAAUAAUAUUAAAUUUAUUUUUUUUAAAUUUUUUUUUUAUUAUUUUUCUAAUUUUUAAUAUUACGCAUAGUGAUAAAAUUUUAAUUUAUAGUAUAAAAAGGUAAGUUUAAAGUCUUUAUUGCACAGGACAAAAUUACUAGAUGUUGCUGAACCAUUAAUCUUUGCAAGAUAAAAACAAUAAAAUGUGAUUUUGACUGGAUUAUUUAUGUAUUAAUCUGGAAAAGAAAUUAAUUCAAAAGCUAAAUUACAGAUGUUAUUCUAGUGAUUUUGCUCUGUCUAAUUAAGUUUUAAAAAAUAUUUAUAUAAAUAUAAAGGAAACGAUGAGGCACGAACUCAAAAAACUAAUUAAGAAAAAAUAAUAAAGAAAAAAAAUUAAUAUAAAAUGCAUACUCAUUCCAAAGUAAAAAUAAAUCAAACCAAAUAAAUUGCAUAUAUAAUACAAAAAGUAUAAAUGUUAUUAGAGUUAUGAAUAUAUAUAUAUAUAUAUACAUGCAUAAACAAUUAAGGAAAUAAUUAAAUUAAAACUUAUAAAAAAAAUAUAAAUAUUAAAAUAUAAAUUAAAAAAAAAAAAAGGGAAAAACUAAUAUUUUAAAUGUUGUUGAAGAAGUGUUUAAUUGCAACAGACGAGGUUUGAUUUUUAUCGACAAAAUUUAUCUUUUUAAUUGUUCCAUCCCUAAAGAAAAAGAUUUUUAUUUUGUAAUAAUUUAUUAUUACAUCAAGUUUUAUCAAAAUUAUGAAAUUUGGUAUGAAAGAAAUAUGCACAAGAACUUAUUUUUUGGCGGGAUGAAAAUCAAAUUAAUUAAAAUCUUGUCUGUGGAAUAGAGUCUAAAAUUGAGCAUUUUUACAAAUUACAUAAUUUUAAUGGCAAUGAAUAAAAGUAUUGAAAAUAAAGAAAUCAAAUGUGAAAUGAGCAAAAUUUUAUUUAAUUUUGUAUUAGUAAACUUUUGUUAAUUUCUAUUUCUAUUUGAAUUGUACUGUAAAUAAAAAAUAAAAUAUAUGUGUAUAAUAUUUUAUAGCAAAAAUGAAUAUAGUUAUGAAAAAUUGCACUUAUGAUAUUAUUUUACAAUUUAAUUUUUGUUAAAUAGACUAAUAUUUGUAAAAUCAUUACUUUUAAUUUUUCUUCUUUGAAAUGUUUCAUUCUAGCUAGAAAUUUUUACAACAAAAAAAAAAUUAUUAAAACAAAAGCAAAAUUUUAUAUUCGCAAUGAAAUGGAAUUUGCAAUAAUACAAACAUUUAGAUUGUAUAAUAUAUAGAAGUAUUAAAAAAAAAAUGCUGAAAAUUUCUAUAAAAAACGCGUUUUAUAUAACAAAAUAUACAUAAUAUGUAUGUACAUUUAUCGUAUUACUUCCUUUUUAUAUACUUUUGUAUUUAUAUUAUAUCAAAAAAACACAUAUAUGAAAAAUGUAAAUAAAAUUUUGAAUGAACAAAAUUAAAUAUUUAUUCGGUUCUUUUAAUAAGAAAAAGCUUUCAAAUUUCAAAAAUUUUUUAUUUUAUUUCAAAAAAUAUAAAAACAACUUUUAAUAUUCGUAAAAUAAACAAAAUAUUUCAUCUUUAAUCAAAUUUAAUAAAUAAUAAAUAACAAAAAUGGUAAAAAAUACAAAUAAAUCAAAUAAAAUAUGUCCUAUUUUCAUGAUUUUAAUAAAUUGUUGCUGUCAUAACAUUAAAAAAAUAAAAGUUAUUAUUUAUUUCUUCUGAAUAAUUAUACUAUGUAUUUUUAUACUUGUAACGAAAUUAAAAAACAUUGUCAUUGUUUUAUUUUUAUAUUGAAAAAUUGCUUUUCGCACGAAAACCACAAACAAAAUUUACACAAUUAGAAUGAAACAUUUCGGAAAUUUUAUAUUUUUAUUCAUUUUAAAUUAAUUUUGUUUUAAAAAGUUUAAUGAAUACAAAUUCAUUAAAAAUUUUCAAAUUAAUAAUUAAUUCCCAACCAUUGCGGUUUUGAACAAUCAAAAAUUACAAUUUCAUUAAUAUUUUUACAAAUUUCAGAAUUUUAAUUGACUAAUAUAUUAUUAUUACUUAAAACUUAUUAUUAAAAGGAAUUGCAUGAUCAUAUUAAAUCAACUUUUUUUUUAUUUGAAACAUGAUGACUUCAAAGAAAUUUCAUAAAACUUUAAAAUUUAUUACACUUGUGUAAGAUGUUUUAAAAAAUUUUAAUAUUUUUGUGUUUUUCUUAUGCAUAUUUGAAAACAAAAUUUGUUUUUUUAAUAAGGCUUUUGUGCUAAGCUUUGUUUAUUUUGAAAAAUUAUCACGCAAGCAGUUGAAUCAAGAAAUUAAUAAAUUCUUUUAAUAUUGGUCAACUGCAAACUAUUUUAUAAUAUAAUAUGAAUAUUGUAUAAAAUAUAAUUACAAUGACAAAUAAUAUAUUACAAUUUUUUUUUCUCUAAUUAAUUAUUUAUGUAAACUUUCUGCAAAAAAGAAUUGAACGACGAUAAAAAAGCACAAACGUGCACAUAAAAUUUUUUUUUGUAAGACUUGCAUUCUUUUCAAAAUAAUCAAUCUGCGUUUAUAUAACAUAUUUAUUCCAUUAGGAAAAAUAAUAAAAUAAAAAUAGUUUUAUUCUUUUGAAAUAUAUUUAUGUACAUAUAAAUUGUAUAUGUGUAUAUAUAAAUGUAUUUAAUAGAAUAAUGUUUUUUAUUUAAUUUGCGAUUUGAAUUUAAAACGAUGAUCUGUUGUAGAUAUAAGGCUAAUGGAAAAAAAAUUAUCGGAAAAUCUUAUAUGAUAAAUGAUAGAUAACAUUAAAAGAUAGCUUUUUGAUGAACAACAAAUUCGCGAUAGAAUUCCGAUAUCGAUUCGAAAAUAUUAUGUAUUUUACGAUCAAUUUUUUAUAGAUUUUUAAGUUUGUUUUUCUUAAUAAGGGUCAUUAUAUCUAUUUGUUCAGUUCGUAGUACAUAUUUCUAUACAUAUUUAUUUAAUAUUUGAAUCCAUUUAUUUCUUUUUUUAUUAAUAAUAAAAUUUGAAUUCAAAUACGAGUAUAAUUUUAAAUUUUAAAAAAUUUGUUUAAAACAAAAAUAAGUACCAAAAAUAUUAAAUUUAUUCCAUAUU